UUUCCUGGGUGGAGAGGCCUGCGGAACGGGGUGGGAACUUAGCGCAACACCUGAGCCCAGGGGCUCUCCGCGGUGCUCCCACGUGCUGCCCACAGGUGCUGCUGAGGUCUAUUUGCAGAGAGGUGGCAGAAUGACAUUUUAGAAGCUACAGAGAAGUCCUAAGUGGACUGACUGAAGCCCUGGACAAGGCCAGAAUCUCUCAGGAGACACUGAAAGGCACAAUGUGGACAUCUCAGCCUUAGGAUGUGCAAAUUAGCCAGAGCUCACAGUAUGCCGUGGAGGUUGCUGACAGGAUACCAACUCUGCAGACUGUGUCUUUUCAGAAAGCCACAACCAGCUCUGAAAAUCAACUCCUCUUCAGCAUGUGUCACCUAUGGAACGGACAGCCAGUCAAAUAAAGAAAACAAGAAAACGGUGGAAAGGCUCCGUGCAUGCUCAGUUGACCUCAGGAAAAUCCGCAGGCUGAAAGGAUGGGUGCUUCUGGAGAAGGAAACCUACGUUGAAGAGAUUGCAAAUAUUUUGAAAGAACUAGGUGCCAACAAAACUGUGAUAGCCAGUAUUUUAGAACGCUGUCCGGAAGCAAUUGUCUGCAGUCCCGCUGCUGUUAACACCAAAAGGAAACUCUGGCAGAUGGUCUGCAAAAACCAGGCAGAGGUAAUCCAGUUAAUAGAGCAGUUUCCAGAGUCUUUCUUUACUGUCAAGGACCAGGAGAACCAGAAGCUAAAUGUUCAGUUCUUUCAAGAGCUGGGACUCAAGAAUGUGGUGAUUAGCAGGUUUCUGACAACGGCCUCUAGCAUUUUCCAUAAUCCUGUAGAGAACAAUAAACAAAUGAUAGGGGCUCUCCAGGAAAGCUACCUAAACUUAGGUGGCUCAGAGGCCAAUGCUAAAGUGUGGCUACUAAAAUUAUUAAGCCAAAAUCCGUUCAUCGUGUUAAAUUCUCCUACAGCUGUAGGUGAAAUACUGAAAUUUCUUCAAGGACAAGGCUUCACAGACUCCGAAGUUCUUCAGCUUCUGUCCAAACUUAAAGGAUUUCUUUUUCAACUACAGCCAGGAAGUAUCCAGAACAGUAUUUCCUUCACUAAAACUGCUUUUGAGUGUACAGAGCACGACCUCCGACAGUUAGUCAUGAAAUGCCCUGCCCUUCUGUAUUAUCCUGCUCCUGUUCUAGAAGAGAGAAUCCAGGCACUACUCAAAGAAGGUAUCUCCAUAGCUCAAGUAAGAGAGUCACCAAUGGUUCUUGAAUUGACGCCACAGAUAAUUCAAUAUAGGAUAAGAAAGCUGAAUUCUUUAGGCUACAGAAUAAAGGAUGGACAUCUAGCAAGUCUAAAUGGAACAAAAAAGGAGUUUGAGGCUAACUUUAGCAAAAUGCAAGCCAAACAAGGAAGGCCAUUAUUUAACCCUGUGGCAUCAUUAAAAGUUGAAGAGUGAGAGGGCAAAGUGACCAAUCACAAAGACUUAAGCAAUUCAGCUUAUAAGCACUAAUGAUUCUCAGGAUCUACAAAGAUUCUGGGUUGUAUUCAAGUUACCUCAUAAUUGAUGGUUUCUGACUCAUUUGCUGUAUUUUAAAAUAUAAAUUGUGAUUAAAUAAAACCAGUAACUUUGAUCUUGGAACUUUAUUCCAAAACAUCAUAUAUUAAGUGGCAGGAGUUUGACAGUUCACACGAAUCAUUCUGAAGAAACUGACAGUACACACUCUUGAGCAGAGUACAGGAACACCUCCUUUCCAUAAGCUGUUACCAAAGUAUAAUUCCUCACCAUCAGCUUGAGUCAUUAACAGUCCAACGACACACUCCUUUACAGAGAGCUAACUUUACCUUGAAUUCAAUUACAAUUUGUACUUGAAUAUAUACAUACGUGUAUAUAAGAAAGAGAACAUGUGCUUCAUUUAGCGUAGCACAAAAUGAGAAGCGAAACUGGUCUGUCUAAGGAGCAGGAGUCCAUACUGUGAUGGUGAACCUUUAGACCUGUGUCCUGGCAAUUAUCAGCAAUACAUGCACUCGCUCACUUUCUUAAAGCAGGUCUGGAAAAUGUUACAGGCUACAAGGUCCUCUCCAGUUCCCUGUCUGCUGUGAGGUGGUUAGUCACAGGCAAGUGGCCAAGAAUGAACUGUGAGAAGUCAGCCGUGGAGCUAAACAUCAGCACCACUUGCACUGCUGUGGCAUUUACAGUCGUGGCUAUAGAUGAGACUGUCACAGAGAGGCAGCUAAGAUGUAGGGAAGUGACUAAUGAAUCUGGGAAAGAGCCAUCACUGGUUGACUUAUCAAGAGUGACUGGUGGGAUAGGGAAGUGAGAAGGCAAUGUAGAGUGGGUUGAUAUGGAUGGAAGAGGAGGGCUCGGGACAGAUCAGUCAGCAAAACACGUGAGACAUGAGGACCUAAGUUAGGUUUGGGAUCCCCGCAGCAGCAAUCUUAAAUUGACUCCUUAACUACACACAGUAGAAACGUGUUUCCUAGGUCUAACUCCUCAGCUGUCACACUUCCGUAUGCCUAAGAAUAAUCCACAAAGGUAGUUAAAGAGACUGAACAAACUGAGAUGACGAAACCUGGACAUCUGAAUUUUCAGACCUUUAGUUGUUUGUGUUUGUACUUUCCUGUUGUGUCUACAUUCGUAUCAUCAAAAACAAUUGCUUACACUUCCUGAACUGCUGUGUAACCUUAACUUUUGAUAUGAUCCAAUUUACAGAUUUCCUUUAUUUCUGUUGAUCUAUAUGAAACAUUCCAUCUUUGCAGAUCAUAGUCCUUUAUUAUCAGAUUCAGGUAUUCUUUCCCAUCCCUUUAAUACAAAAAUCCCCACAUUAUUCAAUCAGGUAUUUUCAUCUGACAUUUCACUAAGUACAGUAUUCAUGUCAACAUUAUUAGAUCAGUCAUUCAAGUGGGUAACACAAAGUUAUCUUCACUGUGCCAAACCCACUCAAAAAAAAAAAAAAAAAAAAAA